GGGCGACGCCGCGGGAGGUUCUGGAAACGCCGGGAGCUGCGAGUGUCCAGCUGCGGAGACCCGUGAUAAUUCGUUAACUAAUUCAACAAACGGGACCCUUCUGUGUGCCAGAAACCGCAAGCAGUUUCUAACCCAGUGCGACAGGCGGAUUGGAAGAGCGGGAAGGUCCUGGCCCGGAGCGGUGUGACACUUCCCUCUGUGACCAUGAAACUCUGGGUGUCUGCAUUGCUGAUGGCCUGGUUUGGUGUCCUGAGCUGUGUGCAGGCCGAAUUCUUCACCUCUAUUGGGCACAUGACUGACCUGAUUUAUGCAGAAAAAGAGCUGGUGCAGUCUCUGAAGGAGUACAUCCUUGUGGAGGAAGCCAAGCUUUCCAAGAUUAAGAGCUGGGCCAACAAAAUGGAAGCCUUGACUAGCAAGUCAGCUGCUGAUGCUGAGGGCUACCUGGCCCACCCUGUGAAUGCCUACAAACUGGUGAAGCGGCUAAACACAGACUGGCCUGCGCUGGAGGACCUUGUCCUGCAGGACUCAGCUGCAGGUUUUAUCGCCAACCUCUCUGUGCAGCGGCAGUUCUUCCCCACUGAUGAGGACGAGAUAGGAGCUGCCAAAGCCCUGAUGAGACUUCAGGACACAUACAGGCUGGACCCAGACACAAUUUCCAGAGGGGAACUUCCAGGAACCAAGUACCAGGCAAUGCUGAGUGUGGAUGACUGCUUUGGGAUGGGCCGCUCAGCCUACAAUGAAGGGGAUUAUUAUCAUACAGUGUUGUGGAUGGAGCAGGUGCUAAAGCAGCUUGAUGCUGGGGAGGAGGCCACCACAACCAAGUCCCAGGUGCUGGACUACCUCAGCUAUGCUGUCUUCCAGUUGGGUGAUCUGCACCGUGCCCUGGAGCUCACCCGCCGCCUGCUCUCCCUUGACCCAAGCCAUGAACGAGCUGGAGGGAAUCUGCGGUACUUUGAGCAGUUAUUGGAGGAAGAGAGAGAAAAAAUGUUAUCAAAUCAGACAGAAGCUGAGCUAGCAACCCCAGAAGGCAUCUAUGAGAGGCCUGUGGACUACCUGCCUGAGAGGGAUGUUUACGAGAGCCUCUGUCGUGGGGAGGGUGUCAAACUGACACCCCGGAGACAGAAGAGGCUUUUCUGUAGGUACCACCAUGGCAACAGGGCCCCACAGCUGCUCAUCGCCCCCUUCAAAGAGGAGGAUGAGUGGGACAGCCCACACAUCGUCAGGUACUACGAUGUCAUGUCUGAUGAGGAAAUCGAGAGGAUCAAGGAGAUCGCAAAACCUAAACUUGCACGAGCCACUGUUCGUGAUCCCAAGACAGGAGUCCUCACUGUCGCCAGCUAUCGGGUUUCCAAAAGCUCCUGGCUAGAGGAAGACGAUGACCCUGUUGUGGCCCGAGUAAAUCGUCGGAUGCAGCACAUCACAGGGUUAACAGUAAAGACUGCAGAAUUGUUACAGGUUGCAAAUUAUGGAGUGGGAGGACAAUAUGAACCACACUUCGACUUCUCUAGGAAUGAUGAGCGACAUACUUUCAAGCAUUUAGGGACGGGGAAUCGUGUGGCCACUUUCUUAAACUACAUGAGUGAUGUAGAAGCUGGUGGUGCCACCGUCUUCCCUGAUCUGGGGGCUGCAAUUUGGCCUAAGAAGGGUACAGCUGUAUUCUGGUACAACCUCAUGCGGAGCGGGGAAGGUGACUACCGAACAAGACACGCUGCCUGCCCUGUGCUUGUGGGCUGCAAGUGGGUCUCCAAUAAGUGGUUCCAUGAACGAGGACAGGAGUUCUUGAGACCUUGUGGAUCAACAGAAGUUGACUGACAUCCUUUUCUGUCCUUCCCCUUCCUGGUCCUGCAGCCCAUGUCAUCUUCAAGUUCAAUGUGACAGACACCUUUGUAUGUUCCAGUUUCUAUCAGGCUGGUUUUUGGAGAAAUGAAUGUUUGUCUGGAGCAGAGGGAGACCAUACUAGGGCGAGUCCUGUGUGACUGAAGUCCCAGCCCUUCCGUUCAGCCUGUGCCAUCCCUGGCCCCAAGACCAGGAUCAAAGUGGCUGCAGCAGAGUUAGCUGUCUAGCGCCUAGCAAGGUGCCUUUGUACCUCAGGUGUUUUAGGUGUGAGAUGUUUCAAUGAACCAAAGUUCUGAUACCUUGUUUACAUGUUUGUUUUUAUGGCAUUUCUAUCUAUUGUGGCUUUAACCAAAAAAUAAAAUGUCCCUGCGAGAAGCCUUAAA